AUGCCUGCGCGCACCCGUCAAGGCCCCUCCGCCGCGACGGAGGUCGCAGAGCCUGAAGAGGUCGCCGGUGGCUUUCGUCGUCUUCAAUUCAAUGAACCGCUGUCGUGGCGUGUCGGUCGAGGCGCCAUCCCCAUCGCAGACCUGCUCCAGCGCCUGCAGACCCUCGCGCAGGAGCUUCGCAAGCUGGAACAGGAGGAGGUUGAGAAGGAUUCGCUGAAGAAGGUCUCGCAAGAGCUGGCCACCGCUCAGCUUCUCGGUCACAAGGAUAAGGGUGUACGAGCUUGGGCGACGUGUUGCAUUGUCGACGUGCUGCGGCUCUGUGCGCCUGACGCGCCGUUUACCGCUAAUCAGCUCAAGGAUGUGUUUACCUGCAUUGUCACCUCGAUCAUUCCCGCUCUCGGGGACCCCUCGAAUCCGUACAACUCCCAACAUAUCUACGUGCUCAACUCCCUCGCGGAGGUGAAGAGUAUCGUCCUCAUGACCGAUUUGGAUCACCCCGAUUCGUUGAUCGUGCCGCUCUUUACCACCUGCUUCGACAUCGUUUCCGGUUCUGCGAAAGCUUCGACCGGUGAGGAAAUCGCUAAGAACGUCGAGUUCGAUAUGACUCGUUUGCUUGUCACGGUUAUUGACGAAUCACCGGUGCUUGCGCCCGAGGUGGUGGACGUUAUUGUAGCGCAAUUCUUGCGGGUCGAUCCCCGUAUCCUGGAUCUUCCCGCUGGCAGGAAAGGGAAGAAAGCCGAUGCGCCGGUCGACGCUAAGCAAGGGACGUUACUUCUGAAGGAUUACCCUCCGGCCUACAACAUGUCUAAAGCGAUCUGCCAAGCGUGUCCGGAACGGAUGACCGGCCACAUCAGCCAGUAUUUCAAUAAUGUCAUUAUCGACGUCUCCGCAUCGAAGAACGGCGCGUCGAAGAAUUCGAAUCGAAGAGUUACGCUUGACGACGAAGAAGAGGAAGAGGAAGACAUCAAAGAGUUGAACAAAGCUCAUCGUCUUAUUCGUGAGCUGUGGAAAGCCUGUCCGGAGGUGUUGCAGAAUGUGGUCCCUCAGCUCGAGGCUGAACUCUCCGCCGAAUCCGUUUCCUUGCGUCUGCUGGCGACCCAGACUAUUGGUGAUUUGACUGCUGGGGUUGGCGUUUCUGGACCACCUCCAGCUCCUCCAAUGGAUCCCACCGUCUAUCCCCCAGUCACGCUGGAGGACUAUCCCCAAACGAUUCCGCAGACGAACGUCGUUUUGACGCCGUUCUCCCCUAAACCGUUCUCUCAGGCACACGGUUCUACUUAUGAGGGCUUUUUGAGUCGGCGCCUAGAUCGAUCUGCCUCGGUAAGAGCUGCGUGGGCGACUGUCGUGGGCCGGAUCCUACUGACGUCCGCCGGUGGCUCUGGACUGAGUGACAGCGAGGAGCAGACGCUCAUCAAACAUCUGGCAUCGAUGCUGCGGGAUGCCGACGAGAGGGUUCGUGUGGCAGCAGUUGACGCAGUGGGCAAUUUCGGAUUAUCUCAUAUCGUGUUGAAACUUGGUGCGGACGGUGGCUUUUCGUCGUCUGAUUCGAUACUCUUCAUUUUGGCAGAGCGUGUCAAGGAUCGGAAGCCUCAUGUGCGAGAACGGGCAAUGCGGACCUUGGCUCGAAUGUGGGCUGUCGCUGCCGGCGAGCUCGAACAGGAUAACGAGCAGAUCGUGUCUCUUCUCGGAGAUGGUCCGUCCAAGAUUCUGGACGCCUUUUACACGAAUGACCCGGAUAUCCAUGUGUUGAUUGACCAUGUUCUCUUUGAGAUCCUUCUCCCGCUCAAUUAUCCUCCGAUCAAGCCCAAGCUGACGCGGAGUGGGUCGAGUCAGUCGCAAAAGCAAAAGGAUUCUCAGGGUACAGAGAGUGACAGUGAGAUCGACGUGGACAAGGUUCGCGUUCGUCGCAUCCUCACCCUGACAAAGGGUCUGGAUGAUAAAGCGAAGAAGGUUUUCUUCGCCAUGCAGGCCCGACAGAUACAGAUGAGGACUGCAAUCACGCUGUAUCUUCAGGCCUGUGAAGAAUAUAAUGGGGGUGUCAUUGAGAAAAAUGAUCAACGGAUCAAAAACCAAAUCACCCGCGUCAUUGACGGGCUGUCUAAGAUCUUCCCGGACUCAUCGCGCGCGUCUGCCGACCUGUGGAAAUUUGCCAAGGUGCAUGACCGACGGAGUUACCAGCUCAUUCGCUUUGCUAUGGCCGCGAUCAGUGACUAUCGCACCGUCGUGAAGGCCAUCAGGGAACUCGUGAAGAGAAUGCAGAGCGCCAAUAACAGCCCUGUCCUCGAAACUCUUACCCCCCUUCUGUACCGAUGCAGCUCGCUUGUGUACAAUCGGAGUCACAUUCCGGCGAUCAUCAAUCUUUCGAGGACAAACGAGAACGGUCUGGCCGGUCCUGCGCAUGAGCUGUUGCGAGAAAUCUCCUCCCGCAAUCCGGAGGUGCUGGAAGCCCAGGUCCAGGAGAUGUGCAAGGAUAUCGAAACCCAGGCACCGAAAGCCUCAACCACCAAUGACGCUGGGACCGAGGAGAUCCUCAAGGCUUGCGCAGGAUUCGCAAAGAAACUGGGGUCUAAGCUCCCUAAGGAACGUAAAUUUUUCCUGUCUCUCGUCGAUCAUGCCCUUCACAGCCCAUCCCCCCAGGCUGCCAAGCAUGCCGUUUCGAUCCUCAUGGCCACUGCGGACAAGAAAGAGAUGUACGCGAAGGACCUUGUCCAAAAAUGUGUUGCCAAAUGGAAUUUUGGGUCGGAUAAAUUCCUCACGAAGUUGGCUACUCUGGCUCAAUUGAGCCUGCUCGCACCCAACGAAGCGGACACCGAGAGCGACGCCAUCAUUUCUAUCGCCGUUAACCAGAUUCUACUCACGAAUCGGACUCCCCAGCCUGAUUCGGGCUAUGUCUGGUCGGACACGGUAGAUGACGAAACUGCAGCGAAGGAAUGGGCUCUCAAGAUCAUUGUCAACCGUCUACGUGCCAAGGGAGGCUCUGAUGGUGAGGAUGACUUCCGCGCCCAUGCGGAACCUGUCUACGAUACCUUGAAUAAACUGGUGGCCAAUCAGGGCGAGUUGUCGAAGAAGAAAGAUACGCCAGGGGCCCAGAAAUCCCGGCUACGUCUCCAAGCUUCCAAGUCUAUUCUCAAACUGUGUGCAUCUCACGGUCUCUGUGAUCGACUAUUUGCUCCCAGCGACUUCAAUUCCAUUGCGUUGGUCGCCCAAGACCCAGUCGCGGCCGUGCGAGUUGGAUUCAUCAAUCAACUCAAGAAACAACUGGUGCAGGCUUCCCAGUUAAGCCACCGCUGGUAUACGAUUCCAUUCCUGCUGGCAUUCGAACCGAAUCCCAGCCUGAAGGACAGCACUCUUACUUGGCUGCGGUCUCGAGCUGCGUUCUUUUCUCAGCAGGGGAGCAGCAAGAAGACCGAACAAACGGCUAUGGAGUCUAUAUUCUCCCGCCUGCUGUCGCUUCUCGCCUAUCAUCCCGAUUACCCACCGGCCGAUUUGGACGAAGCCACUCAGUUGGCUGAUCUGACCGACUUCGCACGCUAUAUCAUCUUCUAUCUUUCUGCGGUGGCUAACGAGCAUAACCUGUCGCUGAUCUUCCACAUUGCACAGCGUGUCAAGCAAGCGCGUGAUGGUAUCACCAAGUCGGAUGAAAUCACUGUCCGUCUUCACACGCUUUCGGAUUUGGCACAAGCGACUAUCCGGCGGUUUGCCGACAUCUACUCGCAACAACGCAAAUUCGGUGGGGGCGCCGCAGGUGGCACGAACAUUCUGCAGACAUAUCCCGGGAAAAUGGGCAUCCCAAGCUCCAUCUUCGCCGCCAUGGGCAGCCACAAGGAAGCGCAAGAAGUGGCCGACAAGAACUUCCUUCCCGACGACGCCGAUGACCUGCUCGAUCGUCUCGUGCGGUCCGCCAUGCGGACGAAGAGCGGAUCUCAAGGUCAGGCUGCGGCAAAGAAGAGAAAGACGGACUCGAACGAGCCCGGCGCAGAUACUAGCUCAUCAAAGAAAGCCAAGAAGGAGAAGGAGAAGGCUCCCCGCACUCGGAAAUCAUCCACAGCCGCAGCCUCCAAGACACCCAAGAAGAAGAAGAACGAGGAUGACUGGUCCUCUGAUGGCGGUGGUCGUGAUGGCGGUGCAACCGCUUCUGCCCGGAGACGCAGUAGCAGAGGCAACACGUCCCGGAGAAUCAGCUACGCAGACCGAGACAGCGACGAGGAUGACAUCGAGAUGGACGAAUGGGACCAAGAUCAAGAACAGGACAACGAACCCGAAGACGAUGAGGCUGAUGAAAAGAGCGAAGCUGAGCAAAACAACAAUGAUAUCAUGGAUGACUCCUCAGACUCGGACCAGCUGUCUGAACCUCCGGACGAUGAAGAUGAGCCUGAAGAGGAACCAGAAGCCAAAGAGCCUUCGCCGGAGCCGGCCCCAUCGCCAGCGCCAGCAUCUGCCAAAAAGACUGCUGCCGGAAACCGUAACGCGAAGUCGACGCCAACGUCGCUACCUACGCGACGAUCCGCGCGACGAGGAUAG